GCGGAGUGCACUGGUCCCGUGGUCUCGCCGUAGUGAGGUCACGGGACUGGUCUCUUGGCAACAACACGGGACUGGCAAGAUGGCGAACGUGGCCAACAAAGUUUCCUGGUCCAGUAAAGAUGAUGAGGCUCGACCCGGAGAGAAUACUCCGCUAUUGAACGGCUCCCCCAGCGCUUCUCAGAGCCCGGGACUGAGCCGCCAGCUUUCCCAAAACAAUUUUUUCCGUAUCGACAGGCUGACUACUGUGAAUCUAGAUGAUGAUACUGCACAGGACCAGGAUGGCGAUCCAUCUACUUACGUUUCUAAGGAAAUUACACAUAACGAAAAUCUUCUUUCACUUAAGUACGAGAGCCUUGAUUAUGACAAUAGUGAAAACCAGCUAUUCAUGGAGGAAGAACGACGCAUUAGCAAAAUAGGUGUUCAUGUACUUGAAAUCAAAAGAUGGGUUGUCUGUGGCUUCAUAGGAAUCUUUACUGGCCUGAUAGCCUGUUUUAUUGAUAUUGUUGUGGAAAAACUUGCUGAUGAAAAGUACAAAGUAGUUAAAGAAAAUAUCGAUAAAGCUAUUGAAGGAGGUGGAUUAUCCAUUUCACUUGUCCUUUGGGCAUCAAUGAAUGCUGGUUUUGUGAUGAUUGGCUCUAUUUUGGUGGCAUUUGUAGAGCCUGUAGCAGCUGGCAGUGGAAUUCCCCAGAUCAAAUGUUAUCUUAAUGGAGUAAAGGUCCCACAUGUUGUUCGACUUAAGACUCUGAUGGUCAAAGUACUUGGCGUGAUCUCCUCUGUUGUUGGUGGACUGGCAGUUGGGAAGGAAGGUCCUAUGAUUCAUUCUGGUGCUGUAAUUGCAGCUGGCAUUUCACAAGGCAGGUCCUCAACCUUGAAGAGAGAUUUUAAGAUAUUUGAGUAUUUUCGCAGAGAUACUGAGAAAAGAGAUUUUGUGUCAGCUGGUGCUGCAGCAGGGGUCUCUGCUGCAUUCGGCGCCCCAGUAGGCGGUGUUCUCUUCAGCUUGGAGGAGGGGGCUUCCUUCUGGAAUCAAAUGCUGACAUGGCGUAUUUUCUUUGCCUCAAUGAUUUCAACAUUUACUUUGAACUUUGUUCUGAGUAUUUACCAUCGCAAACCCGGUGACCUGUCAAACCCAGGUCUGAUCAAUUUUGGACGGUUCCAAAGUGAGGCUGUACAGUAUAAUUGGUAUGAAAUUCCUAUAUUUAUCAUUGUAGGUGCAAUUGGUGGCAUAUUAGGAGCUUUGUUUAAUCGGUUGAAUUACUGUCUUACAAUGUUUAGAAUCAGGUAUGUUCAUCGUCCCUGCUUGCAAGUAAUUGAAGCUGUGCUAGUUGGGGCAGUGACUGCUACAGUUUCCUUUAUCAUGAUUUAUGCUAUAUACACAUACGAUUGCCAGCCUGUUGGAGAAGAUCCUAUUAAAUAUCCACUCCAAUUAUUUUGUCCAGAUGGAGAAUACAAUGCGAUGGCCACCGCUUUCUUUAACACUCCUGAAAGGAGUGUUCAAAGUCUGUUUCACGAUUCCCCAGGUUCAUACAAUCCUCUGACUCUGGGCUUGUUCACUUUAAGUUACUUUUUCCUUGCCUGUUGGACAUAUGGUUUAGCAGUAUCCAGUGGAAUUUUCAUUCCAUCUUUACUGAUUGGUGCUGCAUGGGGAAGAUUGUUUGGAAUAUUUCUUUCCAAUGUUUCGGCAGUUUCUACUUGGGCUGACCCAGGGAAAUAUGCUCUAAUGGGAGCAGCUGCUCAGCUCGGAGGCAUUGUACGAAUGACACUGAGCCUGACAGUCAUCAUUGUGGAGGCAACUGGAAAUGUGACAUAUGGUCUUCCCGUCAUGGUGGUGCUGAUGACUGCCAAAAUAGUUGGGGACUUUUGCAUUGAGGGACUGUAUGAUAUUCACAUUAAGCUGCAGAGUGUACCGUUCCUUGGUUGGGAACCUCCUGAAAAAUCUCAUGCUUUAACUGCACGUGAAGUAAUGAGUUACCCAGUAACUUGUUUCAAGAAACUUGAGAAGGUAGGACGCAUAGUGGAUAUUCUGAGUGACACAUCAGCUAAUCAUAAUGGAUUUCCAGUGGUAGAUGAGAAUCACGAGCCUGAUGGUGAUAAUGUUGGAAGACUAUGUGGUUUAAUAUUACGAUCACAGUUAAUUGUCCUUCUGAAGCAUAAGGUUUUUGUGGAAAGGGCAAGCUCAAACCUCGCACAGAAGAAACUUCAACUUAAGGACUUCAGAGAUGCUUACCCACGAUUCCCACCAAUCCAAUCCAUUCAUGUGUCACAAGAUGAGCGAAACUGUACAAUGGACUUGACCGAGUUCAUGAACCCAACUCCAUAUAGUGUUCCUGGGGAGGCAUCUCUUCCUAGAGUCUUUAGACUGUUUCGUGCUCUUGGCUUGAGACAUGUCGUGAUAUGUGAUGGUUCUAAUGGGGUAAUUGGAAUUGUUACCAGGAAAGAUCUUGCCAGAUAUCGUUUGCAUAAAGGGCAGCUGGAGGAACUUGAAAUGGCACAUACAUGAUUUCAUCUGUGCCUUUGUUCAGGAAUAGAGAUGCACUGGUGUUUUAACUUUGUUUAUAAUUCUGGUUAAAACAUUUUAUUCAGCCAGCAUUUUGUUGCACUUCACGUAAAUGGAACCUUGUACACCAGGAUAUUUUCUGGAAGGGUUACCAUAUUGUGCCAGAAUUAACUUGUUUGCACUGUAACUUGGUAAAAUUGUACAGUCUUAUAUUAAUAUGUUUUAAGCUGAACAGACACAUGCCUUGCACAGUUUCCUGCUAUUCUCUCUGGAUCAUGUUACUUGGAAAGAAUGAAGCAAUAUAUUUUUGAAGCUGCUCCUACAUGGUUAGUUGAACCAGAAUCUGAAUUCCAGUUCAAGAAAUUGUGCUAUUCUGACUCUGAUCUUUUAGAAUGGGUUGUAAACUGGGGGAAGCAUUCAGGAUAAUUUUACAAAUAUUGUGAAAGUUCAAGUUGAUCUCUUCAAUAAGAAUUCACUAUGCCUAAAUGAGUAUACUAAGAUGCUGCUGGAGCUCCAAGUCUCAGUAUGGAAUCUCUAAAAUCAGUCAAUUAAUAUAUUGUGCUGACUAUGUCUUGCUGGAGAUCAGUUACAGAGGAGCUGUAAGCAUAGUGGUUGCACAUCUGUGCAAAGCUUUGUUCUCUGCUGAUUUCUAAUGUUCAACUGUAAACAGGAAAACCUGCCUUUCUGGAACAUGAAAAUGUAAAAGUGAUUAUCUUUCACCAAGGCAAUUUAAUGGUAAGAUAUGACUUAUUUAAAUGUGCCUUUGCAUGAAGGUGGAGUUGUACUGCAGAUAGUGUAGGACUAAAUUCUCACAGAAGUGUCAUAGUGCUCAGCUGCUUUGUAGGUGGGAACAGAUCUUGAUACUAUUUCUGAGGUAUACUGUCCCUUUAAUGUUGGUAGGUCCCCUGAGAUUGCUUUGCAUUCACAUGUGGUUAUAGUUCCAAUCAUGAAACUGAGUGCAGUGUAAUUUCUGUAAACUCGGUUGAUUGGGUACUAUUUGCAUGAAAAAUCCCUAUGAUCUUUUUCUAAUUUAUUAAAUCAGAUUUUUUUUUUAAAAAGAGAGGUAGCAGGUGAGCUUUUCGAGGAAUUUUUUUUUUAAAAGGAAUUUUGACUUCUGUACCAAAAUAUAAAUUGGCUAACAAUAAAGUGAGAUUUGAUUGAG